GAUGCUGAGCGCCCCUGGGAAGGAUUAGCUGAAGGUCCCCAGUCGAGAGUGAACGGGAAUGUUGUUUUCCCUCCCCUGACUCGUCCGACAAUACAUUAAAGAGCACUUGAAAGUACAAGGGCAGCAGGAUUGCUAGCGUUGCAGGCACUGCAAAAUCUCUAGCUGGGGAUACAAGGUGUCAGAUGCGGCAUUCCAAACGAACCGAGUAUCCUGAUUGGGAUGAAAAGGAAAGUUGGGAUUCCAGACAGUGCAGCAGCAGCCAUAAGAGAAAGAAGAGAUCACACAGCAGUGCACGGGAGAACAAGCGCUGCAAACAUAAUCACUCCAAAGUUUCUGAGAGUCAUCAUUCGGAAGCCAGGUCCAUAAAUGAAAGAGAUCAUCAUGACCGGCGUUACAUUGAAGAAUAUAGAAGUGAUUACAGUCAAGUGUAUGAAAAUGGGCACCAUCACAGAGAUCAUGAAAAUGGUUAUCACAACCACAGUAGCAAGUCUUCAGGCCAUAGUGGGAGGAGUAGUUAUAAAAGAAAACACAAGACAUAUCACAGUGCCUCACAUCAUCAUUCGCAAAUGAAGAGUCACCGAAGGAAAAGAUCCAGGAGUGUAGAGGAUGAUGAGGAGGGUCACCUGAUCUGUCAGAGUGGAGACGUACUAAGUGCAAGAUAUGAAAUUAUUGCUACUCUGGGCGAAGGUGCUUUUGGAAAAGUUGUGGAGUGCAUAGAUCACAAGGCGGAAGGUAGACACGUAGCAGUGAAAAUAGUAAAAAAUGUUGAUAGAUAUUGUGAAGCAGCUCGUUCAGAAAUACAGGUAUUGGAGCAUUUAAAUGCAUCAGAUCCCAAGAACACAUUUCGCUGUGUACAGAUGUUGGAAUGGUUUGAACAUCAUGGUCAUGUUUGCAUUGUUUUUGAACUACUGGGACUUAGUACCUACGACUUUAUCAAAGAGAAUAGUUUUUUGCCUUUUCGGCUUGACCACAUUAGGAAGAUGGCAUAUCAGAUUUGCAAAUCUGUAAACUUUUUACACUUGAACAAAUUGACUCAUACAGAUCUGAAGCCUGAAAAUAUUUUAUUUGUGAAGUCUGACUAUGUAGAAGAGUAUAACCCCAAACUGAAACGUGAUGAACGGACACUAAAAAAUCCAGACAUCAAACUUGUGGACUUUGGAAGUGCAACAUAUGACGACGAACAUCACAGUACACUGGUGUCUACAAGACAUUACAGAGCUCCAGAAGUUAUUUUAGCCCUGGGAUGGUCACAGCCUUGUGAUGUUUGGAGCAUAGGCUGUAUUCUCAUAGAGUAUUACCUUGGAUUCACAGUAUUUCCGACACAUGAUAGUAAAGAGCAUUUGGCAAUGAUGGAGAGAAUACUGGGGCCUUUACCAAUUCACAUGAUAGAGAAAACCAGAACAUUGGUUUGUGAUUGCUUCAAACAAUUCUUACUCUACAGGAAGCGCAAGUAUUUCCACCAUAACCAAUUGGACUGGGAUGAACAUAGUUCUGCAGGUAGAUAUGUUUCAAGACGUUGUAAACCACUCAAGGAGUUCAUGCUUUGUCAAGAUUUGGACCAUGAGAAUCUGUUUGACCUCAUUCAAAAAAUGUUGGAGUAUGACCCAGCCAAAAGAAUUACUCUUCAGGAGGCCUUGACCCACCCUUUCUUUUCUGCUCUAAAGCAGGAAAAUAAGUAAAAUCUACACUUAUAUAGUUCUCCAGAGCAGAUUAUAGACUGUGUCAGUCAACAAAAGUAUUUAUUUUGUACAGUUAGCUUUGUAAAUGUCAUUUUGUAUCAUGACCAUGUUUCUUAUUUGAACACUUAAGUGUAUUUCAAUAAAGCUUCUUGAAAUGGC